UACCUCCAUCCCAAAGCAGAAAGAAGCAGCAGACUCUGAACCAGCCUGAGACCCUUCACACCUCACCAUGAUCUGCGUUCUGCUCUUAACACUGUUUGCUGUGGUGUCAGCUGACCGGGUGCCCCGCAGCUGCGGCACCUGCGACCCGAGUAAGUGCGCUCCGCUGCCGGCCGAGGGCUGCUCCUCGGGGACGCUGCUGGACGCGUGCGGCUGCUGCGAGCUCUGCGCGUCUGGUGCUGGAGAUCCGUGCGGGGGACGUGGAGCCUCAGCCAAGCGCUGCGCGUCCGGACUCGAGUGCGUCAAGAGCGACAAAGACAAGAAGAGCAAAUCAGGGGUCUGCGUCUGCAAGAGCAACUAUCCCGUGUGCGGCACUGACGGCGUGAACUACAACAGCGGCUGUGAGCUGAAAGCAGCGAGUGUCACAGCAGUGAAGGACAAAAAACCCGAAAUUAAGAUUCGGAACAAGGGCAAAUGCGCUGAAGCACCAGUUAUUGUAACAGCUCCAGGAGAGGUCUGGAACAUUACUGGCUCGCAGGUCUUCCUGAGCUGUGAAGCCACCGGGAUACCAACACCUGUGCUCACCUGGAGAAAAGUAUCUAAUAGCAAAGACAAAACUCUUCCUCUCCCUGGAGACAAAGACAACCUGGCUGUCCAGACCCGUGGAGGUCCGGAAAAGCAUGAGGUUACCGGCUGGGUGCUAAUAUCUCCACUUACCAAGGAUGAGGACGGCUUCUACGAGUGUCAUGCCAGCAACAUCCAGGGCGAAGCAUCGGCUGUGGGCACCAUUCACGUGGUGGAUUCCAUCAAUGACAUUCCACACAAGAAGGGGAAGGAUGAUGAGCUGUAAGAGGACGUGGCCUCCGACUGAGAUGUUGAAACACUACGCCUGUGCAUUAAUGACAAGCAUCUAGUGCAAUCACUGCUCACACGCUCCACCUGAACCACAAACAGCAACUUACACACGGACACUUUAUUCUGUAGAAGUUCUGAGAUACUCACAAAAACACAAACUCCAACAUUUCUCCAUUCCUACACUUUACCUCACUCUACAACGUGUCAGCCUGCAGAACAACUUUGAUACUGUAAAGCGCAAACCAAGACAACCAUCAUAUUGAUUUUUGAAGUUACGCACAAUCCGAGAACACGAACAUUCAGACACGCACACUUCAUACGGCACAUAAUAUCAUUCACACUUGCAUGCACGUGAAAGCACUCAAAUAUCUCUUCUCUGCUUAUCAUAUGUAUGUUUUACUUCUCUUUGUGAUUUUUCAAGAUGUUUUAAUGAUACAAAUUUUACUCAUUCCUUUAGUUUUCUUUAAUUUUGGUUGAUGUCUAUGGUGCUGAAAAACAAUUAUUUUUUGAAACUAUUUGUGCACAGUUUCUAAGACUUUUAGAUGCUGUUCCUCCAAGGUUCAGUUAAAACUUUAAGACUACUUCAUCUAAAUCAGGGUUUCUCAAAUGUUUUAGUAUGAUGCACCAAAAAUCAUAUUUAAUUGAGAACCAUGGGCCUAGAGUAAAUGUUACAUUAUAUCAAACUAAAAAUCAGCUUUUAACAAAAUUAAAAAAAUAAAUGAUUUUCUCCCCUCAACUUUUCCAUGUGUAUUAACAUGACAGCAAGCCAACAAUUUUUUUUUUUUUAAUUAAUGCCAUGACAAGUCACAACUAGUGUAGUUCAGAGGAGCCUGAGUUCAAUUUUCUAGGUGUUAAAAUUCCGUUGGUUCCCAAAUUACAGUAGAAUUAAGUGUUGUCUUUAAGUCUGAGCAUCUAAUGCAUCCGUUUAUGUUUUGAUAUUUGUAUAACACUAAUGAAUAAAGAUGUACUUGAAGAGG